AUGUCGGGAUCAGUUCUGGAGCCAGAAGGGACAGUAGAAAUCAAAUUCCGCAGAAAGGAUCUGGUGAAAACCAUGCGUCGGGUGGACCCCGUCUACAUCCACUUGGCUGAGCGAUUGGGCACCCCCGAGCUAAGCGCAGCUGAGCGGAAGGAGCUGGAGAGCAAGCUGAAGGAGCGGGAGGACUUUCUCCUUCCCAUUUACCGCCAGGUGGCCGUGCAGUUUGCUGACUUGCACGACACACCGGGCCGGAUGCAGGAGAAGGGUGUCAUCAACGACAUCCUGGAUUGGAAGACAUCCCGUACCUUCUUCUACUGGAGGCUGAGGCGUCUCUUGCUGGAGGACCUGGUCAAGAAGAAAAUUCACAACGCCAACCCCGAGCUGACCGACGGCCAGAUCCAGGCCAUGUUAAGGCGCUGGUUUGUGGAAGUGGAAGGGACAGUGAAGGCCUAUGUUUGGGACAACAACAAGGAUCUGGUGGAAUGGCUGGAGAAGCAGCUGGCAGAGGAAGAUGGCGCUCGCUCGGUAAUAGAGGAGAACAUCAAGUAUAUCAGCAGAGACUACGUCCUCAAGCAGAUCCGCAGCUUGGUACAGGCCAAUCCAGAGGUUGCCAUGGAUUCCAUCGUCCACAUGACCCAGCACAUCUCGCCCACUCAGCGAGCAGAAGUCGUUCGGAUCCUCUCCACAAUGGACUCCCCGUCAACGUAGGAAGAGCUUCCUGCCCACCCCUGCCCUGCCUCCGGAGAAAAGGGCUAGAGCUGCCUUUCACACCUGAAGCCGCUGUAAUUAGAAGGCACACGAGACCAGCACUGGAAUCAAAGUGGCAUUUUGCUUCCCCUCGAUGUUUUCAGGUUACGCAUGACAUACCGGGACGUAGGGUCACAAGCCCCCACUCCAGCCCACCAGUCACACCUACCCCGUUCAGUAUUUAUUAUUACCCUGGCUGUGACGGCAGUCCUCUCUCCCUGCCCAGGACCUAAGAAGGCAAUGACGGGUACAAGCACCUACCAAGAGGUCUUACCACACGCCAGCAGGGCCACCCUCCCGUCCUGACCGCCCCUUGGUCUGGCCCCGGGAAGUGGGAGCUGUUGCCAGGCAGUCAGCAGCCCGCGCUCGCCCCUGGCCCUGUGAGCCUGCAGCCACCGGCAGCAGAGGAGGGCCAGGGCUGAGGCCAUAGGCCCAGCACCAGGCGUGGGGAGAGGAGGAAGCCUCGGGUCUGUUGCUUCUUACCCCACACUCAGCCCGGUCCACACCAGGCACCCAGCUUGUGAAGAAAAAUUAGAGCAUGAACUCUGCAAGCUCCAUGGAACUCAAAGAUGAGGGCAAAACCACGACCCAAGAAGCAGAGAAAGCAGAGACCAAGUCACUGUCGUCGAUUUAGGGGCCUCGCCCUGGGGCUCCCUUCUCAGAACAAGCGCAGAGACGGUUGACCUGCCACUGCCCCGUGUGCCGCUGCUCGGCUAGCUGAGAUGCCCGGGGGUCCCACUGGCAGUACCGUAGCCCGAGUGGGCAGAGGAGGACCCAGGGGAGCUGCCCUUCCCGUCACUGAUGGAAAGUAGUCACCAUGCGACAGCGAGAGCGGGCCAGCCAGUCUCCCUUUUUAGGACGCGGGAGGUUGUUACUGUUAAGCCUGGAGCUUUGAUAGUUACAGGAGGUUAACGGUGCCUACAGGGCCAUCGUCUCUGUUUCUGGGGCCACUCUUCUAGCAGCUGACACUCUUACUUACUUUGGGUCUCGUCUCUUCCUUGAAUGUACACAGGCACAGCCGGUCUCCCCACAGCCACGGAAAGGAGCCCUGGUGACAUCAGUGCUCUCGGCGCUGGGAACUGGCCUUCCCCGCUUUGGGGAGGCUUCCAGGGAACACAGAAUCCAUGUGACCUUAAGGUUAUCCACAACCCCAUCAUGGUGCUGCUGUCUUCCAGGCCCACGGGUCCCUCCCUGGCCUCCUCAUGGGUGAUGGAGAGUUUAUUUUCAACAACCAGUUUAUUCAAGGAGAGAGCUUACUGAUCCCCCCCGUCGGUGUUCCUAAAGCAAGAGUGGCAGGUGAUCAGGGCUGGGGUAGCAUCCGGCUACCCCAGUG